AUGGAUAACAUUCCAAGAAUCUCUUCUUUUCUCUCCAGAGCUUUAAUCUUCCUUACACUCUGCAUCACUCUCUUCACGAGCCCUUCUCUCUCAUACACAAACCCUAGCCCUUUACUAGACUUCUGCGUUGCUGAUCUCCGAGCUUCACCAAUAUCCAACAAUGCCUUCCCUUGCAAGUCACAAGUCUCCUCUGAAGACUUCUUCUUCUCCGGCUUGAACACUCCAUUUAACACUUCCAACCCGAGAGGUCUAGCCGCUAAUGUAGCAAAUGUCGUGACGUUUCCAGGGCUAAACAAGAUGGGAAUAUCCAUGUACAACGUGGCAGUCGCGGCUGGAGCAGCUAAUUCGCCUCACUCGCACCCUGGUUACACCGAGGCAGGAUUCAUUCUCGAAGGCUCGGUCUCGAUUGGGUUCUUGACGACUAACUACACCUUGUACUCCAAGGUUGGACAAGGUGAUAUGUUCGUGGUUCCUCCAGGACUCAUUCACUACGAGUGGAACGUUGGGAAAACCGAAGCGCGGUUUUUGGCCGUGGUUACUAAUGAGUUGCCUAGCGAGGUUGUUGUACCGAACACUCUGUUUGUUGCGAAACCCGCGAUUCCAGACGCGGUUUUGAUGAAGGCGUUCAAGACGGAUGGUAAAACAAUCAACUUGCUCAAGUCGAAAUUUAAAUGGUAA